AAAACUCUUAAACCAGUCUUGGCUGUCAGGAGAAUUCACAACUCGGCUGUAGAAGCAGUCUUGAGGCACCCGGCCCCUGAAGAAACCGUCACUUCGAGCUUCGGGAAGUUCAUCAGUGAGGUGAAGCCCCAGCACUUGUCUCCUGUGGUUCUCCAGCGCAGUAAAAGGAUGGUGCUGGACAGCAUCGGAGUCGGUUUGAUUGGCAGCACUACUGAAGUGUUUGAAAUGGCCCUUCAGUACUGCCAGCUGAUGUAUGGUCCUGAUCACAUUAGCUCUGUGUAUGGACACAGAGGUACCAAGCUCUCACCAACACUGGCAGCUUUUGUCAAUGGAGUAGCGACUCACUCCAUGGACUUCGAUGACACGUGGCACCCAGAAACUCACCCUUCAGGAGCCGUCCUUCCUGCAGUGUUAGCUCUCAGUGACAUGAUGCCGGCUCACAGCAAACCGAGCGGUCUGGACUUUUUGCUGGCCUUUAAUGUUGGAAUCGAGAUCCAGGGUCGUCUGAUGAGGUUCUCUAAUGAAGCACAAAACAUCCCCAAGAGGUUCCACCCUCCCACAGUGGUGGGCCCCAUGGGAAGCGCAGCAGCCUGUGCUCGCCUCUUGUCCUUGGAUCCCUCUCAGUGCAGUCAUGCCUUGGCUAUCGCUGCUUCURUGGCUGGAGCUCCCAUGGCCAACGCUGCCACUCAGUCCAAACCCCUUCAUAUUGGCAACGCCUCCCGUUUGGGGCUUGAAGCUGCUCUGCUGGCCUCUCGAGGCCUGGAGGCCAGUCCUCUGGUCCUGGAUGCUGUAGCAGGAGUGGCGGGCUUUAAUGCCUUUUAUGAAGAUUAUGCCCCACAAGCUUUAAAAUCCCCCAGUGAUGAUGGCCACAUGUUCCUCCUAGAGGAGCAGGAUAUGGGCUUUAAGCGUUUUCCUGCUCAUCUGGGGAUGCACUGGGUGGCAGAUGCUGCAGCCUCGGUCCAUAAGCUCCUUGUGGGCGUGGAUCCAGGACAGGUGUCCCCACAUCAGGUGCAGGACAUCCUGCUCAGAGUCCCUCUGUCUAAAUACAUCAACAGGCCUUUCCCAGAGUCAGAGCACGAGGCACGCCACUCCUUCCAGUUUAACGCCUGCAGCGCUCUCCUGGAUGGCGAGGUGACCGUUCAGUCCUUCAGCCCGGCUGCCAUGAACCGGCCCGAGCUGCACGCCCUUCUGAGCCGCGUCCGCCUGGAGCAUCCUCAGGACAACCCCGCUAAUUUCAACCGGAUGUACGGCGAAGUCCAGGUGGCUCUAGUUGGAGGAGACAUUCUAAAAGGGCGCUGUGACACCUUCUAUGGUCACUGGCGCAACCCGCUGACCAACGAGAGCCUGAGGAAGAAGUUCAGAAACAACGCAGGCAUGGUGCUUCCAUCAGAGAGGGUUGAGGGUCUGAUUGAGGCGGUGGAGGAGCUGGACAGACUGAAGGACUGCAGAGCUCUUCUCUCACAGCUGCAAUGAAGAAAUGCACAAACUUAUUAGCUGCAAAUUAAAAUAAUCAUUGUACAUAAAAGGUAAAUUUCUGUUUAGAUUGCUGACAUAAUUACCAGUCUAUCACAUUCAGGGCAUUUACUUAACAAACAUUGCAAAUGGAAAGUUUUCUGUAUUUUUUCCACAUUGUCAUGUUUAAUUUAGUCCUUUUCAUCAUUAGUUUACACAGUCAAACAAGUAAACUGUAAAAACACAAACAUGAACUGAUGGCUGUUCUAAGUGAUGAAUUUGUGGAGGGUUAAUGGGAGUUAAAGCAGUGAAAACAUGCUGUAUUAACAUGUGAAAAAUAAACUGAUGUUGGUUUUGUAAAAUCUGGACAGAAAUGGUGCUGCAUAAACCAUCUAUUUAUUAUCAUUUACCUGUUUCUUUAGACUAACAUUUUGUUGUAUAAACUGUGUGUUUCAGUUAUUUUAAAGGAACUUGUUCUCAUGUAUAUUUAACAAAUAUGUCAAUAAAUUAAGUUUCCUAUCUGAA